GUGUUACAAAAUGGCGACACAGGAGGGAACUCCGAAGGAAAAUGAAAGUAAAAAUGUAUCACAACCCUUAUGUCUUUCAACGUUGCGAAGUCGCGUUAGGGCGUACAUAGAUAAAGUAAGAGCUAAAAGCGUCAUCAUCAAUAAUGCAUUUAAUUAAUUUUUUUUAAAUCUGCAAUUGUAAAAUAGUCAUCAUGACUCUUAUUGAUUUUGAUCUUUGUUUUAUUUAUCAUAAUCAUAGUCAUAGUGUAGUGUCAUGGAUUAUUGAUUGAUAGUUCAAUUAGUUGAUAUUUUGAAAUAGUGUGGCAUAGGCCCUAGGCCUAUUUAAUUUAUAAAGAAUUCACAGAAUUGGACAUCACUGGGACUUUUUUACUUUUUCUUUUACAGCACCAAUAUGAUUCUGCGAUAUUUUGGGCAGACAAACUUGCAACUUUGUCUGAUGGUAAGCUGUGUUAGAUGCUCUAAUUUCUUAGUGUUUGCUACUGUUUUAAGAAUGGCAUGGUUACAAUUAAAACCCUGUUAACACCGAAAAAAUAUUAUAACCAUAUUUGCUAGCAAAUCUAUUUAUUGAAAAAUAAAUAAAUUAAAUAUUCAAAACAAUUAACUGAUUAAAAAAGUAGAGCUAACGUCAGGACAGGCUUUAAUUUCAUUUCACAAUGAUGUCAUUUAUCAAACUACAUUAUAUGAAAACCUCUGAUGUUUUUUUCUUAAGCCGUGGAGGAUAUAUUUUGGUAUGCUCAAACAAUGUAUUACACUGGACAGUAUCACAGAGCUAUACACUUAAUAACAAGUCAAAAGCUGGACAAGGUAAUUUUAAAACACUUAGUUUUAGCUUGUGCUAUUAAAUACAGGAAAAAAUCUUUAGUGCUUACAAUAAAUAGUAAAUCUUUACUCUCUAAUUACUACCUGCAUCUCUGUUUUGAAUGCUAAUUUCUAUUAGUUUCAUCAAACUAUAGAUUUGUAAAAGCUACUUAAUUUGAAAGUUAUGCUAUGUUGUUCAUGAAAGUUAAGUUUCUUUACAUCAUGAUUAAAAAUGUCCUUCAUAAUGUAUUUUCUGACUAUUCAUCAAGUUUCAAAAUUCAAGCAAUUUGGGAGGAAAUAUUUUUUUAAUGCUGUAAAGAAUGAUCAUUUAUCUCCAUAUACCUUGUUUAUGUCACAGAUAAAUCACAAUUAUUGACAAUAUUUAAUUCUUUCAGAAUUACGCAGCCUGUCGAUAUUUAGCUGCAAAAUGUCAUGUAAGUAAACUAAUAAAAUUCUCAAUUCUUACUUAUCCGUGCUUGUUAAAUAUAGAUAAGUAACAGUUUAGAGUCAAAAUAGCUCUUCUUUCUUUAAAAAAAAAUGUUGUUUUUUUCAUAUUUAUACACUCUUAAAUAUGUUCCUCUUCCAUUAACACAUCAGUAUGAGUGCAAGGAAUGGCAGGAAGCUCUUAACAUUCUUGACUUGCUCGACAUGUCUUUUACCCGUAGCACCUCGGCCAUGAACACAAGUUUGAGUGAGUCAGUUCCUGAUAGUGAGCUAACAUUGUCUAUACCUAACGUAAGUUGGCCGUGUUGGUUUUAAAUCAUGCCUCAAAUGCAUUGGGUUUUCUUGUUGGUUAAGUCAGUUUUAAAAAAUGUUCAUCUAAUGGUUAAAACUAUCUGAUUAAUUCUCUGCAUCCUUUGGAAUAGACAACAAAUUAUAAACCACCCCUUGAGAUUUUUUGCCCUUUCAAAAAAUGCAUUUCAUGUGAUUAUUGUGAUAUUAGAAAUAUGACUUUGGAUAUGUGUGUAAUGAAAUCACUAUGACAGUAUUAUAAAGUUGAAAUGGUCUGAGAAUUUUGAAGAAAUCAUUAAAUGGUUGCAGAGAGUUAAUUCUUUAAGGCUUUAAAUAACACCAUAACAUUAACCAAAUAAUUAUUUUACAUACCGUAUUUAUUGGCGUACAACAUGCACUUUUUCUCCCCGAAAAUAGGGGGCAAAUCAUGUGUGCAUGUUAUACGCGAUAUAAUGUUUAUUUUUUUCCUGACAUUUCCUUCUUAAAUUGCGGUGCGUGUUAUGCGCCAAUAAAUACGGUAAUUGUAUAAGAUAAAUUAUAUGUUAUGGUGUCCUUUAAAGCCUUAAAGAAUUAACUCUCUGCAAUCAUAUAAUGAGCUCUUGUUUAUAAACUUAAUGAAUACUUUUUAACAUUAUUUUUACAUUUUAUUUUGUUUAAAAAUUUAAUGGGGCACUUCAGUAUAUGUUAACAAUCAGACCUCUUAUGAUAUACUAAGCAGACCUGUUUACUCUUACGAUUUUGGCGUACAAUGUACGAUUUUGAGGUGUUAACAUGUAUACUGUAUGUUUAUUUUUUUCUAUAAAUAUAAGGUAUUGAACGAUUUUGUGAUAAUAUUGUACGAUUUUUAGAGUCCGAGGGUAAACAGGUCUGACUAAGGAAUGUAAUUUAUUAAGGAAUGUUAUGGUAUUAAAAAUUUGUUAAAUUCCCGUUUGCUUUCAUUAACAUAUUCAAAUUAAUUAGAACAAAAUCUUUUUUCUUCAGUGUGAAAAUUCUAUAUGUUUGUUGAGGGGGAAGAUAUAUGAAGCAAUGGACAACCGCGGUUUAGCAUCUGACUACUACAGAGAGGCCUUGAGGCUAGAUGUGUACUGCUUUGAAGCCUUUGAGCUUCUUGUAAACCAUCAUAUGCUCACUGCUAAGGAAGGUCAGUUAUUAGUAAGGGUGUUAAAAAAAAAUAAAAAGAAUUCUGCUUACUGGUUUUAAAACGGAUAGCAGGUUAUUGAUUUUCAAAAGCAGGUUUUGAAUUAAUUUUAUCAUGAUUAAAAUCAAUUUCUGUUUUUUAAAUCCAGAUUAUUGUACCUUUUUAUAAAUAAAUUUUAGAAUAAUAAACCAAUAGUAAAUGCAAACAAUGGUUUUUGGAAUCUCAGGUCAAACUAUACCGCAUACUUUAUCAAGGUCAGCGGAAUUCAAGAAAGGUCAUUUCCAAAAAUAGAUGCCUGACUUUUAUAUUGAAGCCGAGAUUGCUAUUUUGUGGCUUCAAGCUAGAAGUGUGAUCAGUUUAUAAACAAAAAUUAUAUUAAAAUAAAAAAAUUAUAAUAAUACAAACAGACUCCUUCCAAUACAUACGUAGUCAUUGCAUUUUUAAAUAUUUUUAUACGAAUCAGGACCUGCUAGAUAUUUAAACUUUAUUUGGAUAUAUUAUAGUUAGACUAAUUUAAUGUGAUGCUUUGUGUACCUAUGAUUUAAUGGGAUGGCAUGUGUCUGUGAUAUUUUAUUCCUUUUAGGCAUUAAUUAAUGACAAAUAUAAUCUCAUUUUUUUUUUUUUCACUUAGAAUGUUUAAUAAAUAAAAUAGUUAGGUAUAAAAAAUAAUUUGUGUUCAUUAAAUUCUUGUUGACAAACUGCAUUAUUUAUUUUUCUUUUCGGGGAAAGUAUUAAAAUGCAAUCUUUUCUUAUUUAAAUCUCAACUUCCUCCAGAGCAUGAGCUGAUAUCAUCACUGCCAUUUGCCAGCCAGUGUCCACCAGAAGAAGCAGAUAUUGUCAAGGAGCUUUACCAAAGCAGGCUGAAAAAGGUAACUGGCUUGUUCCCAAAGUACACUGUUGAUUAAUGUUUCAUCCAUUUACUUGUAUUCUUCAUUCAUAAUUAACAAGGCCUAAGUGUGGGACUGGUGUAAAUCUCACUAUACACCAAGUCACAAAUUUACAAACUUGCAAUUACCAAAAAAGAACUCUUUCUCUUCACAGUAUGAUUGUCCAGGAAAAACAGAUUUGUCUCCUGCUCUCAUCCCCCUGAAAAACAAUCUAGAUGUGAUAGUCAGCACUGCAGAGCAACAUUUAUACAACUGUGAUUUUAGGGCAGCUUAUAAGAUUACAUCCAAGUAAGAUAUCAUUUGUUUUAAUUUGUACUUACCUGGCUUAAGUUGCCUCCAUUCAAGAAGGUUACAGCCUUAGUAUUGGUUUUUGUUUGUGAUGUGAGAGAAAUUGACUCUUUUCCAAGCAAUUUUGAACUCAUGGUGUAGUAUUUGUUUUGUUUUUUUCUGGCCAGCAACCCCCAUCACUGCCUAAGCAUUCUUGUUAAUCACCCAAAAAUCCAGUGAUCUCAUUUAGGAAGAGAUCACUUAAAGGACAUUUUUUAAAGUUAAUGUAUACAUGUUUUUGAUAUUGUAAGCUAUAACAUAGCAUACAUGGCGAGCUCGAAACAGUUUGAACUGUUUCUAUUACUUGUUGUUUCUUCUUUUGUCAUGACUGAUGAAGAAGGCUUUUAGCCGAAACGUUCUCCUUUUAUUAUCCUGUCUUUAUAUUUCAAGCUUUCACAUACCUUGUUCCAUUAUUGUUCCACUAUUUCCUUCACACUGCUUGAAUACAGUCCUUCUGAUUCUGAUUGACUACAUUGCUGCAACCAAGUACUGGCUUAUGUGCAACAGUUUAGAAAACGAUGCAGCUAUCCCAACGGCUCCUAGCGGUUGCCAGGGCAGCCUUGCAACUCUCGAUUGAUUGCAAGUCCACGGCGGCAUUGUCCAAUUGGUUCCAGGCAAUUAUUGUUCGUGGGAAGAAUUAUUGUUUAUAUUGAACUGUGUUACACCGAGGCACAGUGAAGCAUUUAUCAUUGUUCCGGAUGUAACUGCUCAUGGAGUUGUCAGAGGUGAAGUCAGUGUUUAUUGAGAAUUUGGCCUUGAUUAAGCGACCUGGCUUCUGCGGGGUUAGAUACGUGUUAGCAGGAAUGGCAGGCACUAGUUCUGUGACCACUUUAUAAAGAAAUGUUAGACAGAGCUUUUCUCGUCUGUCUUUGAGGGAGGGAAUGUCAAAUCUUAUUAAGAGGUCAGUGACGAAGCCAGGAGUGGUCACUUGCGAUGAAGCGCACUGCGUUGCGUUGUAGUCGCUCCAUUUUGUCCACGUCUUGCUUUAGGUAUGGGUCCCAGAUACUCACACCAUAUUCUAGUAGUGGUCGGACGAGUUCGAGAUAGGCAUUUGGUUUGCAGGAUGUUGGGCAGUGGCGCAGAUUUCUUCGAAUGAAACCAAGUGUGGAGUUGGCUUUUUUUUUUAAUUUUGUUUAUAUGGUGAUCAUUUUAGAUUAUUAGAGAAAACAAUUCCAAGGUAUGGAUUAUUUGAUACUUGUUGGAGAAUGAUCUUGUUUAGAGAGUUCAUAUAGGUUGUUAGCCUUUCUAAUACUAUAUUUUAUAGUUUAGCAUGUUUUUUGGCAUUCUUUCUUUGAUGAUUCUAAAAAAUAUUUCCAUAGAGCAAGAGCUUCCAUUCAAUAAUAUAAACUUAUUUCUCCAUGUAUUCUAUCAGAUAAGAUAUUUUUAUUGAUCCAAAUAAAUGAACAUUUGUUUUUUAUUCAUGGUACAUUAUUUUUGUUCAGUCUUGAGAACCCUUGUUGAGUUUUCGUUGUUCCUAGCAAGACUUUUGUCGAAUAUUGUGCAGUAUGAAUAACUUGAGUUCCUGAGUGUGAGUUGUGAUUUUGAACAACAGAAUUUUGCCUUUAUGUUUGGACAGAGUUCUCGUUGAGGACCAUGGCCUUGUGAAGGGGGUUGAAAAGGAGGCGGUCCAGCGACGAGCAGCACGCUUUGUCCUAAACCGCUACAGGAAUACCUCAAGUGUUGGCAGCAUGCUAGAAACACUAGGCUGGUCACCAUUGGAGAAACGACGACGACAAUCCAGGCUCUCCAUGAUGUACAAGAUAAAUAAUGCAGACCUGUUUACCCUCAAACACUUAAAAUCGUACAAUAUCAUCACACAAUCGUCCAAAACCUUAUAUUUAGAGUAAAAAAUAAGCAUACAGUAGGCCUAUAGGCCUAUAUAUUUUUAUUUACACCUCAAAAUCGUACAUUGUACGCCAAAAUCGUAAGAGUAAACAGGUCUGAUAAUGGGCUGGUCCACUGUUCCAGUAUUAAACAGAAACUCGUACCUCUCCCCCAUAGACAGCGACGAGGCCAUGACAGGCAAUUCAGGCUCAUACCAGCAAGAAGCCAGUAUAGGAGCUGCUCAUUCCUGCCCAAGACAAUCAGGGACUGGAACAAUCUUUCAAAAGGAACGGUUGAGGCGACAACACUAGACACAUUUGUGUCUAUUGCCUCAAGCCUUCAAACCCCCAGUGCAUGAUUCCCUCACAAAGUGGCACUGGAAAUCUGUGAAAUUUCCUCAUCAACACCAGGAACAGAAACAUUGCAAAUCCCAUCUACAUGCAUAGGAGCCAAAAUGAUCAAUAAAUUGAUCGUGGGCCCUUAAGAUAUAGAAGAAGAAGAGGCCUCUCGCUCCUUGCACCAAAUAGUUUUUUAUUUUUCCAUUUACUUACACUCUCUGUAAUGCCUUCUAGUUGAACAAAAAAUCUGAAAUAAAUGAAAAUGUUAAUGAAAUAUUAACAACUCUCUUUUUAUUUCCACAUAGAGUUCUGAGCAAAGAUCCAUACAACAGUCAUUGUCUACCUAUACAUAUAGCCAUAUUGGUGGAGUUGAAGAACUCCAAUGGUAAGUGCAAGAAAGUUCUGAAAAAAAUGUGUUGUGAAUAAUCUUGAUGUAAUGAAAAUCAGAACUAUGGUCAAAUUAAUCUAUAAAAUCAUUCCAAAAUAAAAGUUUUUUUUUUAUUUAUAUAUAAUUGUUUCAGUUUAUAUGCAAUAUAUAUCCUGCAUUGAUUUAUUUUUUAAUUUCAUAAAAACAAUCAGAUUCACAUACUUCUUGUGGUUUCCUUAAGUAUUUAUUUAUUAAUAGUUGUCUGUGGUUUACUAUACUUAGGGUUAUCUUCAAAUUACAAAAUUCAAAGUAUAGCUGGAAAACCAUCCAUCCUGAGAAUAGUUGUUUUAAACUCACAUGUUUGUUGUAAUUGUUUCUUUAUUAUUUCCCAGCUUUAUUUUAUCUUGCACACAAGCUUGUGGACUACUAUCCAGACAAAUCUGUAAGUUAUAUAUUUGCAUUAGUUUUUGCUGAUACUUCGUUUAUGCUUUACAAAGUCCAGUUUUUUGUUGUUUUUUUCUCAGUUUAGAAAUACUACAUCCUAGUACAAUUAUACUAAUUACUUCAAGAUUGGAUUCUUUUUGCAUUAAUAAAUUAACAUGUCUAAUAUUCAUUUGAAAAGUUCCACCUUUCAUUGCCAUUAAUUCUUAAAAUAUUUACAUUGAAGAGUAAGUUGUGAAAUCAGUUUGGAGAAAGUUAAACUUUAUGUUGUUAAGCAACUGCACUUUUGAAUCCUGUUAAAAAAAUAUAAACAUUUACAAAUUAUAUCACAUGAUCUUCAGCAUCCUAAGAAUAAACUAAAUUGUCAUUUUUAACUUAUAUUUUAACAAUAAUUUUUGUAAUAGAUAUCAUGGUUUGCAGUCGGCUGUUAUUACAUGUUGACAGAAAACUUCUUGCCUGCCAGAUGGUUUUUAAGGUACAUAUUAUAAAAGAUUCUUUUGAUGAAAUUUGGUUUAAAUACAUUGUACAUUUUUGUUUUCAGCAUUUAAUAUUAAAACACAGAAAUAUCAGUAAAAAAAAAUGCUGAUUAAAUUAACAAUUAUAAACAAGGAGAAUUUUAACAUCAGACAUUAUUAAAGUAUUUUGCAAACACAAAAGUCAGGCAACCUCUUUUUUCCCAGUUUUCUCUAUAAUCCCCUUACGAACUGCAUGGCCAUAUUCUUGAGCCAGUUUCCUCCGUUAAGUACUUGGGUGUUACCAUCCAAAGAGAGGUCCGCUGGGACGAGCACAUUAACAGUGUGUGCAACCGGGCAAACAAGACCCUGGGGUUCCUAAGGCGCAAUCUGAAGAUCGGCAACUCAAGCGUGAAAGAAAAAGCCUAUAAAGCCUUUGUCCGACCUAUUUUAGAGUAUGCUUCUACAGUCUGGGACCCAUUUACCCAGAAAAGCAUAGACAGGUUGGAGGCUGUCCAGCGACGGGCAGCACGCUUUGUCAUGAACCGCUACAGAAGCACCUCGAGUGUUGGCAGCAUGCUGGAAACACUGGGCUGGUCGACAUUGGAAGAACGACGACGACUAUCCAGGCUCACCAUGUUGUACAAGAUAACAAAUGGACUGGUGCACUGCUCCGGAAUCAAACAGAAACUCGUUAAUCUUCCCCCCAGACUGCGACGAAGUCACGACAAACAGUUCCGGCUGGUAAAAACAAGAACGAAGUACAGAAGCUCCUCAUUCCUGCCGAAGACAAUAGGGGACUGGAACAAGCUUCCAAAAGCAACAGUUGAGGCGGCUACACUCGAUACAUUUGUGUCUAUUGCCUCCUGUAUUCCAACCCCCAGUUCAUAACACCACUGCUGAGUCGCCCUUGCAACCAGUGAAGUAUCCCAUUGAAACCCAUGAACAGUAACAUCGCAAACCUCUCUGAAACAUAGGAGCCAGAAUGAUCAAUUCAUUGAUCGUGGGCCCUUAAAAUAAAGAAGAAGAAGAAGAAUUUAGAAUGAUGACUCACUUUUCAAGCAGGCAGAGAAUCAUGCUGGUAAAUUUUACACUUUGGGCAACAAAGAAAUUUCUAAAUCUUUCAAACCUUACUUUAAGGGAAAGGAUUUGUCCUGAACAUGCUGAUCUUAAGGGACUGUGAUAUAGUGGGUGGGUUGUAUCCUAAGAAUCUUGCUCAGUGUUCUUGAACAGUAGUAAAUAUAGUUAUGUACAUUCACAUUGGUUUCUAUAAAAAAUAAGUAUUUAUUACUGGGCUCUAAGUUGGUGUUUGUUUAUUUGCAGUAAAGCAACAAAUUUAGAGAGAGCACAUGGGCCGUCGUGGCUGGCAUUUGGUCAUACCUUUGGUGUCAACAAGGAUCAUGAUCAAGCUAUGGCAGCAUACUUCACAGCAUCACAGAUCAUGAGAGGGUAGAGUUGAUUUUUCUCGCAUUUUUAAAAAAAAAAUUUUUAAUAAAUUGUUAGCAAAUUUCAUUACCGGGUAUGUGGGAAUUGUAUGGUCAUUGAAUCAUAUCUGGAAACCUUGUCAUCUUCACCAGAAAUUUGAAAUAAAAACUUUUCUUAUAUAUACAUAAUUCCUACUUUUAGAAUUAAAAUCAAUUCUCUAAUACUAAUAUAUUUUUUUACAGAUGCCAUUUGCCUGUUUUAUACAUUGGAUUAGAAUAUGGCUUGACAAACAACCCAAAACUUGCUGAGCGUUUUUUCAGCCAGGCCCUCAGUAUAGCCCCACAGGAUCCAUUUGUUUUACAUGAGAUGGGAGUCAUAGCUUUUGGAAAUACGAAGUAAGUUGUUUUUCUUUUAAAGGCUUUAAAAUGUUAAAAGAAAUUAAGUCUGACAUGUGAGACUAUGACUGAAGGACAUUCUGUAGGAAUGCCCCUCUAAAUCUCAGUAAUUCAUUCAAAAAUUGUUUAGAAUUUUAUGUGCCCUUGCUGCCUUAUUUGAGGAAAAUAAAUUGAUUUAUUUUUUUUCUUUACAAUGUACCGUCGGCUAAAAUAAACAUUUUUACCAAGAAAUAAUUAUAUCGGAAGUUUUGUUUAAAAAAUAUAUAAAUCUUUCUUACUUCAAAUUUAUAGAAAUAUUUAGUGAGCUUCAUUUGUAGAUUUUAUCCAUCUUCUUAAUAAAAAUCAACUGGCUAAUAUUUGUAUCCUUUUAUUUAUACCUGCCACUUCUUGUGAAGUGAAACGCUGGUGUAGAGGUUUAGGUUAUAAUAAUUUUCUAUACAACUUUUCCGACAUAUUUUUAUCUCAAGUUGAAAAUAUUACUAUUUUGACACUUUGAUGGUAAACAAAUUCUUAAUAAUUCUGUUUGCAACUCCAAUGGAAUUUGAAACUACCUACAUUUAACAAAGUUGUUGGUUUUUUUUUCCACUUAUUCAGUUACGAGGAGGCGGAGUCUCAUUUCUUGAAGGCCCUGGACAGAGUGAGAGAAGUUAGUCGUGAGAUGUUACCAGAGCGCUGGGAAUCCCUUCUCAACAACCUGGGUCAUGUGAGCCGCAAGCUGGGGAAGUACGAAGAGGCACUGGAGUAUCACAAACAGGCAGAAAUACUUUGUCCACAGACUGCAUCAACAUAUUCUGCCAUAGGUACUGUGUGCUUCCAGAGAAGAGUUAGGUUUAUCUCUUUAUUGCCCUAUGGCGCAUAGAUAUAAAAAAAAAAAAAAAAAAAGAAAACUUUAUAUCCACAUUGUUGAAUUCGGGGAAAUUGACGGAGGUGGCUGUUGUCUACCAAUGGCAUCAGCGGGCUGUGAAAACCAUGGGCGUCGCUUAGGGGGCUGGUUUAGGGGUUAGGGAACCAUAAAAAAAAAAAAGAAAACUUUAUAUCCACAUGACUCUUUCCCUUGGUAUGUUGAAACAAAAGUUUAUGGAUGGUAAAUUCAUUAAUUUUAUCAAGAUUGUAUCUUCAGAAAUCUGUGAUUGUUUAAAACAUAUGGGUGUAUAAGAAAAGAUAACAUGACUCUGUAAGUGAUCCAAAUAAAUUGGCAAUCUGAUUUGAUUACAGUGUGCAUUAUUCUUUUCAGCAUAAAACAACUGGUUCGUCUAUGUCAUAUUUUAUGCUGUUUUUAAAAUUGAUUUGCUAAUUGCUUGAAAUUUUUCUUCACAGUUAUAAGGGAAUAUAUUUUUUUUCAGGCUAUGUUCAUGCCUUAAUGGGAAAUCAUUCAGAGGCAGUCAACUAUUUCCAUAAGGUAGGAUGACUUGCACAUUUAAUGACAAUGACAGCAGUGUUUUGAAAAUCCUUUCUUUUGCAAACAUAAAUUUAAAAAAUAUAAAUGUUGGUGCUAUGCAUGAGCACAAUUGAAAAUAAAAAAAAAAAUUAUUUUGUUGUACUUAAGUUAAUAUCAUUAUUUAUAAUUGUACAAUGGUGACUUGAUGCAAAAUGCUUCAAUAAAACAUGCACCAGCGCACUAUUUAGCCAUACCUCAAAAAAAAAAGAGCGUCAAAUUUUUUUCAACCUCAAUGAUCAUAUUGAGUCAUCAGUGUGCUCUAAAAGAGAAAUAGAUGCAGAGCCAUCUAAAAAUAAACUAUAUUUUUUCCAUGACAUUCAGGCUCUAGGAUUGCGCAAAGACGACACAUUCUCAACAACAAUGCUGACGAACUCGAUGGAUGCCCUCAUGUCAGAAAUAACUGCUUGUGAUGGUAAGCUCAUUCAAAGGGAACUCGUUCAAAGCUUCAGGAAGGGGCCAAGAAUGGCCAGUGAAAUCCAUCAACAACAUUUCAAAUUUUAAUCAGAUAUAAUCCAUGAAUUUUUCCUAUCAUAUUAGGCAUAAUUGUAGAAUGUGAUUAAAUUUGGUGCGGUGCCCAAAUAUUUUAAUUAACUUACUUGGCAAUAUGAAUAUCAAGAAGAAAAAAAAUUAUAUUUUCUGUCCAUGUAUUUUAUCAGAUGAAACAUUUAAUUUUUUAAACUUCAUAAUUCUUUGACGGGUUCUCAAACUUUUUGAAUGUUGUACCACUUGAAUAAUCUGCUUAAAGUUCAUGUAAAACCUUGUGCUCAUUUAUUAUUUGACACCGAAUAUCUGUAUAUGUCUUUCGGUAACAUCUGGGACAACUUAAUUUAUCACUGUUUGAGAGUCAGUUUUAUGUGAAAUUCUAAUUGCUGUAUUAAUUGAUCUUCAAGGUGCAGAUGAGGACCCCCACUUUCAGAACUUAUCUAAAAGCCAAAGAAAAAGGGUCAAGUUGACUGACUUAUUUGGUAAUAUUACUAAAGACGAGACGAUAGAUGACAGUAAAGCAAGCUUUGAUACCACUGACCAUGAACCAUUUGCUGAAAGUUCUUUGUCCAUGGAGGAAGUUGAAAUGGAGGAAUGCUCUACAUCAUGACAGCAUUUAGGAAUUUUUAAAUUAUGAUGGGUUAAAGGCAUAUUUUAUAAAUAACAACUCCUGGAUAAAUUAUUAUUAGGCUUUUUCAAGGUCAAAAGUGACAUGGUUCUUACCGAAAUGUCUUUACUAUAUUACAUUUUCUUUCAAAAGAAUGUAAUGGUAAUGUAUUUAAACAAUCCAUUAGUUAUCUUAGAAAUAUAAGUCAUUCUUCCUAGUUUAUAUUUCAUUUAAGUGAACUUGCUAGAUGAUUUUUAUAAUACAUCCUCCUGCGGCUAUUUUAACCUACGUCUUAUAAUUAUUUUAAUUCAAAAUGACUUUUUAUAAACUGGUAUUUCUGUCUUUAGAUCAUUUAUAUUAUAUGGUUGAGAAAAUAAAAGGUAAAAUAUGAGGCAAAUGCUUAUAUACUAGUUAUGUUAAAAUACUCUGACUUUAAAAAAAUAAAUAAUAGAAUUGUGGAUUUUAUGCCCAUUUUUAAAUAAUAUUAAUGUCCACAGGAUUUUAUCUUCCAGUUUAAUUUGUUAAGCAGGCCAAAAGUGUUCCUAAGAAUUACUUUAAUUUAUACGAUUUCUCUGCUGGAAAUGCUUGAUUUUGUUUUUCCCUUGUGAGUACAAAUGCAGAAUCUGAUUUUUCUAACCUGGUGUGUUUGGAUUAUUUCACAUUGUUUUAAAACUGAACGCUUUUUGUGGAUGUAUUGCUCAUAGAUCAUUAUGUAUACACAUGUUUCUGUAAUUCUAAUAUGUUUGGCAACAUUUCAAUGAAUGAAAAUAAUACAUUUUUCAUGAAGGUAAAAACUUGUCUUUUCUUUUUUUUUCCACUGAGCCUGAUAAGUGUAC